AUGCCUGUGUGGAGCUGCCUGGUGACAGGAGCAGGAGGGUUUCUGGGCCAGAGGAUCAUCCGCAUGUUGGCUUAUGAGAAAAACCUGCAGGAGAUCAGGGCCUUGUUCAGGUCCUUCACUCCAAAACACAGGGAGGAAUUAUCCAAGCUGCAGACAAAAUCCAAGGUCACAGUGCUGAAGGGAGACAUUCUGGAUGCCCAGUGCCUGAGGAGAGCCUGCCAGGGUGUCUCUGUUGUCAUCCACACCGCUGCCUCCCUUGACAUCUUUGGUGCCAUUCCCAGACAGACCGUCCUGGAUAUCAACCUGAAAGGUACUCAGCUCCUGUUGGAUGCUUGUGUGGAAGCCAGUGUCCCGGUCUUCAUCUACAGCAGCUCAGUGUCUGUGGCUGGACCAAACUCCUACAAGGAGAUCAUCCAGAAUGGCUGCGAGGAAGACCAUCAUGAAAGCACAUGGUCUCAUCCCUACCCAUACAGCAAAAAGAUGGCAGAGAAGGCAGUGCUGGCAGCCAAUGGGAGCAGCCUGAAAGAUGGUGGCACUUUGCGUACUUGUGCCUUAAGACUCCCAUUCAUCUAUGGGGAAGGGAGUCAACACGUUUCAUAUGCAGUGAAUAGAGCACUCAAGAACAAUGGCAUACUUGACAGUUUGGGCAAAUUCUCUGUGAUCAGCCCAGUGUUUGUGACUAAUGCAGCCUGGGCACACAUUCUGGCAGCCAGGGGCCUACGAGACCCCAAGAAGUCACCAAAUAUCCAAGGUCAGUUCUACUACAUCUCAGAUGACACCCCUCACCAAAGCUAUGAUGAUUUAUAUUAUGUCCUGAGCAAGGACUGGGGCCUCCGCCUUGGUUCCAGUUGGAGCCUUCCUCUGCCCAUGGUCUACUGGCUUGCCUUCCUGUUGGAAACUGUGAGCUUCCUGCUGCGUCCCAUCUACAACUACCAGCCUCCUUUUAACCGCUUUAUGGUCACAGUGGUAAAUAGUGUGUUCACCUUCUCCCACAAGAAAGCUCAGCGAGAUCUGGGCUAUGAGCCACCUGUCAGCUGGAAGGAUGCCAGACAGAAAACUUCGCAGUGGAUCGGGUCACUAGUGGAGCAGCACAAGGGAACACUAAACACAAAGACUCAGUGA